AUGAUGAUAUACGAUGAUUAUGUCUUCGGUAUUAUUCAUUUCUUUAUUUUACUUAUUAAAAUCGAAGCAAUCAUCAAACGUUAUAGAUUUGAAUGUCAAAUUGGAUCAACAAUAGUAUUACCACCAUGUUUUCCAACAGUAUCAUCAUCAAUCAAUGAUAUUGCAACAAUUGUAUUUAAAUCUGAUUCAGGUGAAUUAUUAGGCAUGAAUGGAAUAUUAAUUUUCAAUAAUCCACGUUGA